AUGCAGUUCACUCUUGCUCUCACUACCCUCAUCGCCGCUGUCUCUGCCGCGCCCGUCAACGAUGCCGCCCUGGGCAACAGCCUCGCUGGCAUGACCUGGCGCGAGGCCCAGCAGCAGAAGUGCGGUGGCAACCAGGAGAUUGCCUGCUGCAACCAGAAGAACUCUGGCAACGACAACGGCCUCCUCAACGGAAUCCUCGGGGAAGGUCUCCUUGGCCAGUGCUCCAAGCUCGACCUCGCUAUCAUCGGUAUCCAGGAUAUCCUCAACAGCGGCCAGUGCAAGGGCGGCUCUGUUGCGUGCUGCCAGUCCUCUGGAAACUCCGACCAAAACAUCGGCCUCAUCAACCUCAAUCUCUGCAUCCCUAUUGGCAGCAUCCUGUAA